AUGUCUCUGCUUCUGAGCCGGCUCCGUCUUGGCAAACCUGCGUUGGUGAGAAGAUCGUAUCUUCAUCAUCUCUCUAAUGUAUUCUCAUCAUCUUCCUUGCUGCAAACACCUCCUUGUUCCAUCAUCGGGGUUACUGCGUGUGGAGAGCAACAGGGAAGACUCAUUAUUGGCAAUGCUAAUGAAAGUGGCACCAGAGAGUUGGAUAAGAAGGUCCCUAUGGUGUUGGUGUAUAGUGAUAUCUAUCAUGAUGUACUGGUAACCAUUGGUUCAUCUAAUGGCUGGGUAGCUACUCAGACUGUCGACGACAGAAUCUUUCGACAGAAUCUUCCAUUAACUUAA